CCUAACAUACUUCCAUUUCAUAAGCUUCAUCUACAAACCCAACUUUUUCAAAAAGAAUGGUUGCUACAACGGCUCCAAGGCCGCGGGUGGAGGAACUCGCCCGAAGCGGCCUGGAGACGAUCCCCAAAGACUACGUCCGGCCCCAAGAAGAGCUGAAUAGCAUCCGCGACAUUUUCGAAGAAGAAAAAAGCAUCGAUGAGGGGCCACAGCUGCCCACGAUCGAUCUCCUCGAGAUCGAUUCCAGCGACGAGGAGACGCGGAAGAAGUGCCACGAGGCGGUGAAGAAGGCGGCGAUGGAAUGGGGGGUGAUGCAUUUGGUGAAUCACGGUAUACCUGAGGAGCUGACGAGCCGUGUCAAGGCUGCCGGGAAGGAGUUUUUCGAGCUGCCGGUGGAGGAGAAGGAGAAGUACGCCAACGAUCAGGCGGCCGGGAAUGUGCAGGGCUACGGAAGCAAGCUAGCUAACAACGCCAGUGGGCAGCUCGAGUGGGAGGACUACUUUUUCCAUUGUGUGCUGCCUGAGGACAAAAGGGACUUUUCUAUUUGGCCCAAUCACCCUGCUGAUUAUAUAGCGGCUACAAGCGAGUAUGCAAAGCAGGUGCGAGGACUAGCAACGAAGAUACUAUCGGUCCUAUCGAUAGGGCUAGGGCUCGAAAAAGACAGGCUAGAAAAAGAAGUGUGUGGUACGGAGGAUCUAAUCCUCCAAAUGAAGAUAAACUUCUACCCGAAAUGCCCCCAGCCGGAGCUGGCCCUUGGCGUAGAGGCGCACACGGAUGUCAGCGCGCUCACCUUCAUCCUGCACAACAUGGUCCCGGGGCUCCAGGUGUUCUACGAGGGAAAAUGGGUGACCGCAAAAUGCGUGCCGAAUUCCAUAAUCAUGCACAUCGGAGACACGAUCGAGAUCCUGAGCAACGGAAGGUACAAGAGCAUCCUGCACCGCGGACUCGUCAACAAGGACAAGGUCAGGAUUUCUUGGGCGGUUUUCUGCGAGCCGGACAAGGAUAAGAUCAUUCUCCAGCCGCUGCCGGAGACUGUUUCGGAGGCUGAGCCGCCGCACUUCACGCCUCGCACGUUUGCUCAACAUCUCAAGGGGAAGCUCUUUAGGAAGACCGAUGGUGAUGGUGAUGGUGAUGGUGUUGAUGAGAAGAAUAUGGAUGGGAAUAAGUCAAAUAAUUGAUUUUGUAUUUCUUGUUUGAGUU